GACGCUAUGGACCCAAUAGACAUGCGCUGGAUGCUAAUCGGUUGCCAGGCAAGGUAAGAAGCGGAAAGGCGUUUGUGUUAAUUUUCACACCGGCUGGAAUCUACAGGGCAUACUGGGCACUGGCCUAAUGAAUUCUUGUUAUCUGGCAUUGUUGUGAGAUUAUCUGGUGUUAGAUUUGAGGCACAGUCAGAAUGGCCGGAGAUGAUUCAGAAGACAUUGAGCUCGACCAGGAGAAAUAUGACGCAGAUGAAAAUGUCAAGAUCAUCUGUUUGGGGGACAGCGCGGUGGGGAAAUCAAAGUUGAUGGAACGCUUCCUGAUGGAUGGAUUCCGUCCGCAGCAGCUGUCCACCUUUGCUCUGACACUUUAUAAAUACACAGCAAGUGUGGAUGGAAAGACUGUUCUUGUGGAUUUCUGGGAUACAGCUGGACAGGAGAGAUUCCAGAGCAUGCAUGCCUCCUAUUACCACAAGGCUCAUGCGUGUAUCAUGGUAUUUGAUGUGCAACGUAAGAUCACAUACAGGAAUCUAAGCACAUGGUACCAGGAGCUGCGGGAGUACCGACCAGAGAUUCCCUGCAUUUUGGUGGCCAACAAGAUUGAUGCUGAUCUUCGUGUGACCCAAAAAGGUUUUAGUUUUGCCAAGAAGCAUAACUUGCCAUUCUAUUUUGUUUCCGCUGCUGAUGGCACCAACGUGGUAAAGCUUUUCACAGAUGCCAUUAAACUGGCUGUGUCCUACAAACAGAACUCUCAGGAUUUCAUGGACGAGGUCAUGCGAGAACUGGAGAACUUUGAGUUACAGAAACCAGAAGUUGUCUCUGAUAAAGAUGAAGAAUCAGAAAAAUGAUACCAGAGACUUUAUGAACUAAUGUUAACAGCGGAUAACAGCUAUGUUCGGGGUUACAGUCCUUGUGUGGCUUUUAUUUAUAUUUGGCUAUUAUUGUCUUAGAAACAAAAUUUCCAAAAGGAAAAACAGUCAUUCCCAAACCAUCUCACGAGUGCAACAGUUGGAUUCCUCAGCUUUAACAAGAUAGAAGGAUCCUUGUUUUGAAACAAGCUAUAGAUUGUGGACUGAACCCAAGACUGUUUCGUACAUGGUGAUAUAUCAUCCAGAGACGGGAACAGUGGAGGUUUUACUGUCUGAAGUCCCACCCAAGACCAGAGCUUGAUUUUUAUUUUACUGUGACUGAGUCUUUGACACAAUUACUGCAGAAUGUGAACAGCGUUUGUGUUUGUGUAAAUGAAUUCUCACUAGUUUUAGUGGCUGAUUUUUUUUUAUAUCGCAGUUUCUAUAUGUCUUUUGUCUAUUCAUCUUUAAAUAAUAAAUUAUUAGUAAAUUUGGCUAA